UCUCCCUACUCCCCUUCCUUUCCUUUCAUCGUUUAUUCUUUAUUUUCUAGGAUGGGCUCUGUGUUUAUUUGUAAUGGUUUCCCAAGAAGCCUCCUAAGUUCAGGGUCUCAGAGGUUGACCUUCCAGCACUCUUUCAGUACAAGAAGUCUUUCUGGAGAUUUCUUAAGAAAGCUAUCCUCACUUAACACAUUAACAUCCCCAUUACCUGUGUAUAUUAAUUCCUUAAGUACAACUUCUCUGCUUCUUGAUUUAAUUCUUCUUUUCUUUCAUUUUCUACUGUUUAGGUCUCCAUCUGAUGCGUGGGUGCAAGUUUUUCCUUUUUUUCUGCUUAACUUUUAUCAAUAUACAUACCGUGACAGGUAGAUAUUAUGAUACAUAUUCAACAAAAUAGAUAAUUCUUAUAAAGUACAGUUUUAUUCAGUGUCCAAAAAUGUGUGUCUCUGAGUUAUAGAUAUAUAACAUCUUUUUAUAAGUAAUACACUUAUUCCUAAUGUGACAAAGAUCCAGAUGAUUUGUUCUGAUCAAAUGUCCACAUAAAAACAUUCAAGAACAAUAAUAAAAAGCUAUUGUUUAUUGAUUCUUUAUCAGGAUCCAGCAGCACUCUAGGCACUUUACAUGUAAAAACACACACACACAAAUUUCAGAGAUAUGUAUGACUGGUUUCCCUAUUUUACAAAUUAUGAAACUGAGGCACAAAGAGGUUUAUGAAUUUGCACAAGGUCACAGAGACAGUAAGCGGUGAAGGUGGAAUUCAAACACAGACAGUGUUGCCCCAGAGUACGCAUUAUUCACCACUGUGCUGUGCGCUCUUUCCAAGGGUGUCCUGGGCCUUAAACAGGUGCACACUGAGUGAGAAAGCUAACCAUUAUUUGGUCACUUGAAUGGUCAAAUUCCAACACUGGCUAGCAUUUUUUAAAGUAACAUUGAUGAGCUUGGAGAUUGUUGUUUAGUUACAAAUAUAUAAAUAGAAACAUCCAGCAGAAUAAAAUAAGAUGGGGUUUCACUGAUAGUAUCACAGACAGUUGGACUAGAAAGGAUUCUAAGAUCAUCUAGUUUGAAUCUUUAUUUUUCAACGAGUAAAUUGAGACAGAUUUGAGACUAAAUGUAGAAAAUAACUAAAACUCAUACCUUCUUACACUGAGUUUGGAUUUUUCCUUUAUGUAUGUUGCUUUUCGGAAUGUGGAGAUUGAAGUUCUGAUUCUGAUCACUCUCAGUGCUUAAGAAGUAUUGUAUAUAAAGCCCUCUUCCGUUGUCCUCUACCUCUCUUUACAGCCUCUAUUUUCUCCCCCAUGGCUACCCAGCUCACCUGCCAUGGAUUUGAAAAAUGCUGGCUGCUAAUGUACUAGUUGUUAAUUGCUAUGUGUCAGUUAACUUCGGUUCAAAAAUGUUUGCUGAAAAUAUAGAUCAUAUUGUAAGGGUACUCACCACAAAUACUAAUACUACCAACUCAAAGUACUGACUGUAUUUCAAUAGAGUAUAGAAGUAUGUUAGGAGUUGUGGGAUAAGCAAAGAGAAAAUGGAAGGCAUUACAGACCUUUAAAAAGAGACAAUCUAUGUCCAAAUAAUUGCUGCAGGUAAGAAUGUACUAAAAAAUUUUGUAGUUAUCUGAUACAUUUCAAAGUUCAGCCUCUUCAAAUUGAAUGAGAGAGUCAUAAAGACAGAAAAACAUUUGAGGCAGGAAGUACCAAAUUUCUAAUAGUGGAAUAUCAUAAUAUUUCGUGAGAUAUUCCUGAAGAGGGGUUAUUUUUGGUGGUAUGUAGAUCAUAUUGUAAAGGGACUCACCACAAAUAUUACCAACUCUAAGUACUGAUUCUAUGUCAGUUCAUUUGUUUACAGUUUAUCUUCGCCACUAGAGAAUGUUUCUUGAAAGCAGAAAUCCUUUCCCUCUUUGUCAUUGCUGACGUCUGUGCCAAGAACUGUCAUGUUUUAUAAAAGGAGUAUUAAAUGAAUGAAAGACUGUUGGACCUCUGACUUAUCUUCUCUAUAGAAGGUCCACUAAGAUUUAGAGGUAGAAGCUCUUAUUCAUAGGCCCAAUCCAGUCAUCUGAGAGGAAGUAGAAUUGUUAAGGGAAGACAUACUGGGAUCUUUGAAAGAGAAACUCAGUAGAUAUUUCUAAAUGUUUUUUACGAAUAAGCCACUGAACAAGAUUAAUAGUGAAGAAGAGCUCCAUGACCUAAUGGACAUAUUCACAGUGGUGUUCAUGAUUUCAUUACAGGUCUUGGUCUUCUGAGCUCUCAUCUCUGAAUUAGGUCUUAUAGAAGAGUAAAUGGGAUACAGUAACAGUGUAACAGAAUUUGUCCUCCUGGGGCUCACGCAGGAUCCUGUUGGCCAAAAAGUGUUAAUUGUUAUGUUUUUGUUCAUUUACAUUGUGACAAUGGUGGGCAACCUGCUCGUUGUCUUGACCGUUGUUGUCAGCCCCUCCCUGGGCUCCCCCAUGUACUUCUUCCUUGCCUAUCUGUCACUCAUGGAUGCUGUUUAUUCCACCGCCAUUUCGCCCAAAAUGAUUCUAGACUUACUCUGUGAUAAAAAGACUAUUUCCUUCCCAGCUUGCAUGGGCCAGCUCUUUAUAAUGCACUUAUUUGGUGGCUCUGAGAUCUUUCUUCCGGUGGCAAUGGCCUAUGAUCGCUAUGUGGCCAUCUGUAAGCCACUGCAUUACUUAAUCAUCAUGAAUCGACAGGUUUGCAUUUUGUUGCUAGUGGCGGCCUGGGUUGGAGGAUUUUUGCACUCUGUGAUCCAACUUCUCUUUGUGCACAGACUCCCCUUCUGUGGCCCCAAUGUCAUUGAUCACUUCAUGUGUGACCUGUACCCAUUAUUGGAACUUGCUUGCUCUGAAACCUAUUUUAUAGUGCUCACUGUUGUUGCCAAUGAUGGAGCCAUCUGUAUGGUAAUUUUUAUCCUUCUACUAAUCUCCUAUGGGGCCAUCCUAAAGUCCCUGAAGACUCACAGUCAGGAGGGAAGGCACAAAGCCCUGUCUACCUGCAGCUCCCACAUCACAGUGGUUGUCCUCUUCUUUGUUCCCUGUAUUUUCAUGUAUGUUAGACCUGUUUCCAACUUUCCCGUUGACAAAUCUAUGACUGUGGUUUAUACAAUUAUUACUCCCAUGUUGAAUCCUUUGAUAUACACUUUGAGAAACUCUGAGAUGAAAAAUGCUAUGGAAAAAACCUGGAGUGGAAAGUUAACCACGUGUAGAAUAAGAAUUUGUGUCCACACUGAAAAUAUCAUUGCUAAUUCUAAAACAAGAAAUAGGCAAUAAACUAUCACAAUGAACAAUUAAGUCAAUUCAAUGGAUUCUCUAGGAAUACUUCCCUUUAUUGAUGCAAAGACAUCCAAAAUGUAGAAUAAAUUAUCUUUUACAUUAGAAUGAAAGUAAUAGAGACAUUCUGGAGGUUGGAUAAAAUCCAUAAGUAUUUUUCCUGUUAUAAUUAAAAAUAAAACUAAGCUAGCAUUGUCAUUUUAUUUUUCUCAGAAUAUACUGAAACAGGGCUUAGAAAAAAAAUUAUUUCCUUUUAAAGAUAGAAAAAAACAAGUUACUUUAAAAAUUUUUCUAUCAUUCAAAUUAAUGAGAAAACGAUUUACCCAGUUCUUAGAACAAAUUUUUGAGACCAAGGGUGUGGUUUUAAGAUUUUACUGUUCAUUAUUGUAUGAGCACAACAGCUUUUUUUAGCUCCACUGUGCAUUUUGUGUUUAAGAUUACUUCUGUUCCUCUGGGGAAUGUCUACAUAUUUAUAAUUCUGCCUAUUUUAGUGGGACAUGAAAUUGUGUUUGGUUUGAGACCCCAUCAGUGAGCAAUUUUGUAGAUGGGAUGUCAUUGAUGAAGAAAACUCAAUCUAGUUCUUGAUUAGAGGACAGAUACUACUCUUUCACUUUGUAUUUGAAAAUAACAUUAAUCUAGGUUAUAAACAUUUAUGUUUUCCUCAUUAGUUAUUAUGUGCAUUUUUUGUGAUUCUUAAAAUAUUAGAUAGAGCUUCUGAUUUUAUCUCCAUGAAAUUGAAGAUAUGGAAAGAAAUGUGUUAUUUUCCAUAAGCAGCAUGUUCCCUAAAAGUUGUAUUAAACUAAAAUACAUUUUUACAUAGAGACUUAGAAAUCAUUUGUUUUGGUAAAAACAAAAUUUUGUUUUUCAAUUUUAUGUAAAAAAAAUAAAUUUUUCUCAGUCUACAGUCCAUCCAGGAACAUCCCAAAACCAGAAAGCAGAAAGAAUUUUC